CUCUGAGUUUAAUUUUUAUUAAUACGCAAAGUUGUGAUGCUCUCAUUCAUAUCUCUGCAAUUUCGCCUCAUCUGAUAAGAAAAAAAAUAAAAUUUGCAGAAUGGCGAAGAAGGGUGAGCGCGGGCGAGCUGCAUCACCGUCUCCUUCACCCUCACCCUCAUCUUCAUCUUUUUCAUCGCCCUCGGCCUCCUCCUCAUCUCCUUCAAGGUCAAGGUCCAGGUCUUUAUCCUCCGACUCGGCUUCCGACAGGUCACGCGGUCGAAACCCUCCAAGGAAAAGAAGAAGUCCAGUAGCAGCUGCGAGGAGAGCUCGUACACCACCACCAGAACAGAUUAGAAAGUCUUCUCCCACAAGGAAAUCAUCUCCACUGCCAGAGUCGGUGGUGCUUCAUAUUGGCAAUCUGUCUCGAAAUGUGAAUGAAGCUCACCUGAAAGAGAUCUUUAGUAACUUUGGUGAGGUGGUAAAUGUAGAACUGUCAAUGGACCGUGUUGUUCAAUUACCCAGGGGUUAUGGCUAUGUAGAAUUCAAGACAAGAUCUGAUGCAGAGAAAGCACUUCUUCAUAUGAAUGGGGGCCAGGUUGAUGGAAAUUUUAUUACUGCUCGAUUUACACUCCCUCAACGAACAAGAACAUCACCACCUCCAAGAACAGUUGUUCCCCCUCCUAAAAGGGAGAUUUCAACAAGAGACAAUGCUGUUCCUGAUGCAGUAAAGGAUGGGGCUGCACGUCACAGGGAAUCUCCUCCACUUCGUCGGAAAUCACGUUCACCAUUGCGAAGGUCCCCAAUAAAUCGACGAGGGGAAUCUCCUCGUCGUCGAGGAGAUUCACCACCGCGUCGUCGUCCGAUUUCACCUCCUCGUCGGAAUUCUUCCCCACCUUUCCGUCGUAGAAAUCGUUCACCAAUCAGGACCUCUCCACGAAGGAUAAGGGGAAGUCCAGCUGGUCGAGCACGCUCGCCAUUGUCUCAUAGACGCAGAUCUCCUCCUCGUCGUGGUAGGACUCCACCUCGCAGAUCAUCUCCUGUUCGUCGACGGAGUCGUUCUCCUCCACGUAGACCCCUCCGGUCUAGAUCAACAUCCCGUUCUCCCGUCCGGAGGGCACGGUCACCUCCUCGGAAGCGUGGAAGAUCCAGUUCAUUUUCCUCUGAAUCUCCUAGUCCACAAAAGCGUUCCUCUCGUGGAGAUAGGAAACUCUCAAAGAGUCAGAGUCCAAGAAGGCCUGUGAAAGGAGGAAAAAGCAGUCCCAGUAGUAGGCGGAGUAGCUCAAAUUCGCCUUCAAAAAGCAACACAUAAGGGUUUCUCAGAAUAAUGGGUAGCCUUGGAUUCCAGUUGGCAGCCCUGGACACCUUGGACUCGAGGACUCCAUGUUUUGUGUGUGAGCAGUAUCCAGGUUAAAUUUUUGUAUUUGCAAAUUGUUUUGCAUAUGAAUGCCCCCUGAAGCUUUAAUGCUGACUGUGGUUCUUUGUGUGGUAGGCAAAAGAUCCUUGAUUUUGUAGUAGUGCGGUGGUAGAAUUUUUUUGUUGUCAACCAUUUUCAUAUUGGCAGUGUUGAUUGGUUCAUCUCAUUAAAAUAGUCUUGCUGCUCAUUUCUAGAUACCUUGUCAGGCGAUUCACGUGCAACUUGCGACAAACAAUGGUUUCAUUAUUAUGCCUUUUUUCACUAGUUUGUUGCAGGCAGUGAUUAGUGUAGAAGGGAUCCUUUGCUGCAUUUGACCAUACAAACAAUAUUUUGGAGAGAAUUGCCUUAAAAAAUAUCUUGUCAUGUGUCUGGACCAUUUCCUCCCAGUUAUUUAGGUCAGAAUCCUUAUGAUAUUUUGCUGUCUUAAUUUAUCAAAGUAUUUCAUGACAGCCUGAUGGGAUUCAUCAGCACAAACCAUUGUUUUACUGGGCAUAUGGAAUAUUUUCCAGAGUAUUUAGUGUUUUUUGACAGGUACAAGUUAAACAUGGAUUUCAAGAGCUUUUUUAAUCUAUGGUAUGGAAAUUAAUUAAAAGAUUGGGAACCUAUUUUUGGUACCAUCUGAAUGUUUUUUCCUUGUUACACAUUUCAUUUUGCUACUGAACAUUUGUUCCUUAUAUUUUGCACCUGACAUUCUUGUACAAUGAAUUCUGGUCCAAUCAAAGUUCAAGCAUGAGGCAAAUUUAGUUCUA